GGCGCGCGGUUAAUUUUUGCAUCACCAAAUGAAAAAUGAAUUGUAUUCAUUUCUAAACGUUUAUGUUUGUGUCUGUAUACUGUCAAUUUGUCAAAAAAAAAAAAACUCAAAGUGCAUUAAAAUUUAACGUGUCGGCUUUUUAACAAAUCUGUUCGAAACUAAACAUUUUAUUCAAGAUUGAAAGUAGUGGUGUAUCCCUACGUUUGAAUUUAGUAAAUGUGUUUAAAUUUAAGACAUUACCAAUAUUAUUAUAUCGUAUAUAAAUACUAUACACCAACCGAGGUAUUUUUAGGUUAAGCAUCGAUUUUAAGAGAAAAUGAACAAAAACAGACCUUGGAUUAAUAAUAAACGUGAUCGCAACAUGCGAGGAAGUUUUAGAGGUGGGCGAGGUGGUCCAAGAGGGUGGCAUGGUAAUCAAAGAGGUUUUAAAAGUUCGUGGGGCAACUUUGACGGCCCAAGUGCUGGUAAUAAAUUUCAAAACAAUUAUUCCCCCAAUAAGGGGCAGUGGAAGAAAAGAGACACGCCUGGGAAGCGACUCUCUGAAGAAGAUAUUGGUGUUACAGAGUAUAUUAGCAAACAUGAAGGUUUUAAUGGAAUUAUUAAAUCAAGAUACUCUGAUUUUCAAGUAUCAGAAAUAAAUGAACAGGGUGAGAUAGCUAAGCUGACAUGUUUGAAGCCACCGCAGGCCCCAGAAGAGGAGGCUGUAAGUGAGGAUGAGGAUCUGCUCCUCUCUAAGUAUAACUUGGAGAUCCUACCCAUGGAAACUUGGGAUAGGAUUAAUACAUUAGCUGUGAGCAAAGACCCAGAUCCAGACUGUGUUGAGAUUGAUAUGGAAGGAGUGACCAAGGAACAAAGGACGAAGAUACAUGAUGCAGUGAAAAAAGCAUUUGGUGACAGCAUUGUUGGCAGUACAGUGAAUAUAGAAGACAAGAAACUGAUGCGCUUCCAGAAGUUUAAAAAAGGAGUACGCAUAGACAACAGAGUCAAGUGGACAUGGCCGGCUGAAUAUGUGCAUUUCAUCGUGCACAAGGAGAACUGUGAUACAAUGGAUGCGGCUAUGCGUAUUGCAGAACGAAUAGGGGUGCAUGUGAAGCCGUCGAUGUUGGGUUACGCGGGUACGAAGGACCGUCGCGCUAAAACGUCGCAGUGGUUCAGCGCCCGGCGACUAGACCCACGUCGCUUUGUGGCGGCCACUCGGUACUUUAAGGACAUACAUGUCGGGAAUUUUACAUUCAAAAACACCAACUUAAAGUUAGGCAUGCUUCAGGGUAACAGAUUCCGCAUUGCACUCCGCAAUGUGACAGCUUCAGAUGAGGUGGUGAAUACUGCAUGCAAGGACCUGCAAGAACAUGGUUUCAUCAAUUAUUAUGGUCUCCAGCGAUUCGGAACUCGAGUCGAUACACCUACAUACAACAUUGGCUUGAAGUUGUUGCAAGGAAAUUUCAAAGAGGCGAUCGAUCUGAUCCUGGACAGUCGCGAGGGCCCGCUGUCGGGCGCGCUGGCGACGUACCGCAGUGGCGGCGCGGCGGCGGCGGCGCGCUGCCUGCCGCGGCGCGGGGGCGCGGCGCCCGAGGCGCGGCUGGUGCGUGCGCUGGCGGAGGCGCCCAACGACCUGGUGGGCGCGCUCGGCAAGGUGGCGCGCAACACGCGCCUGCUGUACCUGCACUCCUACCAGUCGCUGCUCUGGAACCGCGCCGUCUCCGAGCGACUGCGACGACACGGCCUGCGUGUCGCCGUCGGGGACCUCGUGCCACUCGCCAAUAUUGACAAAGAAGAUGAAUUCGAGGAUGAGGAUUCAGAUUCAGAAGAAAACCAAGGCGACGAUAAUCAAACUGAUAAACAGCAAGCAAACAACAGUCAAAGUGAGAAAAUCGAGAAACAAGAAGUUAAACAAAAAGAAAGGACAUCGUCACAAUCAGAACAAGGCAAUGUCAAGGAAAAGGAGAAAAAGAAUUUUGAAGAAAAACCUAAAGUUCCUGUGAAGGUAUUGACACAAGAAGAUAUAAACAGCGGGAAAUAUACCAUGGCUGAUGUAGUGAUGCCUCUGCCCGGGUACUCGGUGGACUAUCCCCCCAAUAUGAAGGAGUAUUAUGAAGAGCAACUCAAAAGUGUUGGUCUUACUUUGGAUAUGAAGCACAAGAUCAAGAGCUACCGUCUGUGCGGGGCGUACCGUCGCGUCGUGGUCCGGCCGCGCGACGUGAGCUGGCGUACCGUGCGGUACUCCGACCCCUUCGCCGACCUCAUCGCCUCCGACCUCGACGAACUCACCAACAACACUAUCACCGCCAUCCGAGAUGAUGGAAAAUAUAGAGCUCUUCUACUAAACAUGACUCUGCCUGCAAGUUGCUACGCGACGAUGGCGUUAAGAGAGUUACUCAAAGUGGACACUUCCAGCGACAACCAAGCUUCUCAAAAUAAUUACCAUAAAUCUCGCAAGAGUUCAACUACUGAAGAGAGUGAGGGAGGGGACAAAAAGAAGAAGGAAGUUGAUGAUACAGAAAAAAAGAACAAAGAAGCUGAUGGUACAGAUAAGAUAAAAGAAGAUGAAAGUUCAGAGAAAGAAAAGGAUGCUGACAGUGCAGAGAAAGUAAGUGAAACUGACAAUAAGGAGAAAGUAAAAAUGGAAGUUGACAGUGAACAAAAAUUUAAAAUUGAGGCUGAAUGUGGAGAGAAACGUAAGAACAGUGAGAGUGAACAAUCAGAAGAUAUUAAGAGACAAAAAGUAGAAGAAUAAAUAAAAGAGUUUAAUAAUGUUGA